UGUGCACACCUAGUCCCACCUCUCCUCUCACCCCCUUAGCUCUGUACCUUUCUCCCUUCACGGCCCUCUUUUAUUCCACUCCUGCUCCUCUCCUGGGCCGGCUACUUGUUGCAAGUCUCUGCUCGAGGCAUUUUGGAGACGCUCCACCGUCACAGCCGCCAUGGUUCACAGCAGCAUCUGCAGGGCUGUCCUGGUUCUCUUCAGCCUCCUGUUAGCCAUUGCACACGCAGAGAGAGUACUGGACCCUGCCUUAACCGGUAGGGACCACCAGGAUGCCAUGUCUGGAGACCCACCCGCUGAUGUUACAACCAAAAACCCUUUCCUGGACAGACCAGCACAGACCUACACCUUUGACUUUGAUGAAGCCACGCAUCCUCCCAUCCUAGACGAGGACGAAGGUGUUCUGGGACCAGGGGCCAUUACAGCCAUAGUUAUUGCAGUCUUCCUGGGAGCGUCGGUCCUCCUUGCCCUCAUCGUCAUCACAAUCAGGAAAUUCACCGCCUCCUAGAGGACAGACAUUUUCCUUUUUGUGUGCAUGGAUGUGUGUGUGUGGGUGGGUGUAUGUGUCGCUAUUGCUACCUUUUGUCUUUCACAUCAAACCCUGAGCUGGCCCCCUCGUAUUUCGUUUUGAGAUAAGAUGCUUUGUGCCCCAGAAGCUGGAAGUUGUGGCAGGUCCGUUAACUAAAAAUAAAACUGGCAACUUGCUGAAUCAUAAAAA